GCCGUCCCUCUCCUCGACCGCUUCAAGGAAAGCACUUGGAAUUGUCAGCCAUAAACCAGGCCAGCAAACGACGGGGGUGCUCAGCGUAAGAGCGAAGCGUCACGGCGACUUGGCUUGCGCGGUGCGGUACGCGGAACAGCCAGCACAGCGACUUCUCCAAGAGACCGCCUGCGCCCAAGUGCCCGGAUGCCAAGAGCGAGUACGCCGUAAUGCAGCAUCUCGACGACGUACGAAUUAUGUUCAACUUCGUGCAUGGCAACACGCCGACCUUCUGGAAUGACGUCCAACCGUUCGACCGGAAUGGCAUUCCUGCAGAACAGCUCGAGCUCGCAAAAGAGAUGAAGCGCGACGCGAGCCUCGUCCUGUUCAAGUUUGUCGAGCAAGACAGAGAGAAGGCAAAUCUUCCAGCCAUCUCUUUCUCGCUCGCAACUGCGACGCUCAGCCAGAUUCCGCCCACCAGCAGCAAAGUACGUUUUGCGAAUGGCACCGAGCACAACAAAAGCUCGGCGGGCAUAAGCUGCGGCGUGAAGACUGUUCACAAGAGCAACAGUGAGCUCGCAGCGCGCAUCCUCAACACCGACGUAGUUGCCUUCUUCCGUUACGCCCUUGAUCUGGCGAAGAUGGGACUCUCACACGCCGCCAUCCGGAGGAAGCUCGGUAGGCUCGCGGACGAUCGAGGGGCUCCAGUCGUCCGAUUCUGGGUCCGACCAAUCGCAAAGAGCGGCGACUUACUCGUCUGUCCCGCCUUCAACAACAAGGCUGUCAUGUUUGGACUGAACGAAGCCAGAGAAGCGGGAGACGUCCAGCGCUUUGGCGAUGAAAUGGUUCGCGCAAUUCGAGACGCCUUUGUGAGUGCCGUCUUCAUCCACACCUUUGGGCGCUUCUCUUCUCCACAUUGACGCAUUGACGCUGCCUACAGGUCCGCCCAUUCGCCGCCCUCAGAGAGACCGCCGAGGCAAUCUACGAGCGUUGGCGUUGGGAUGU